AUGGCGACAAACUUUGACUUAAACGAUUUAACUGUAGAACAACUUAUGGCCCUCAGCGAGAUAGUUGAUGAUAGUGAUAGUAGCGACAUUGAUGACAAAGUUGAGGAAAUAUUUACGGAUGAGUUCUAUCGAGUUGCACCUAAGGAUAAGGGCAAAGAUCCCUUUGAAGGACAAAGACAAUUCAUAGACGAAGGCGACCGUUCUACGGAUCCUAAGAAACCGAGACGACUCCCACUUAACUAUAAACGUAAAAGAGGAAUUAUGCCGACAUGGAAGUAUUCCGACAGACAAAAGGCUAAGGCCCUACUUGUUGAGGAGGCAUACCAGAAUUUACUAAGUAGGGGAGUUGAAGGUCUACCACCAACAAUGGGAGGGAGAUGGCGAACAGAUGAUCCACAGGUAAACGCCGAAAUUAAGAGGCUUGAAAAUGAGAGGAACCCCAAGCGUCCCAGAGGAAGGCCACCAAAGCCUAAGUCUGAUGCUGAAGUAAAGGUCCCAAGAGGUAGACCAACAAAACCUAAGACUGACGACAAAGUUGUGAUUCCAAAGAAGCGUGGAAGACCACCGAAGCCUAAGUCUGACACUGAAGUUAAGGUCCCAAAGAAGCGUGGAAGACCACUAAAACCUGAGGUAGUCGAAACACCUAAACCUAAGGUUAAAAGACAAACCGUCGCUGAAAGAUUCCUAAGUCAAAACAGGAUUAAACUUUCAGUUCCUGCAAAUAGUGUUAUUACUCCAGCAGGCCCAGGUAAGUUCACAAUCCAAGUGGAUCUUAACAAGAAACCCACAAGGAAAGCUCCCGAAGUACCCAAGGGUGUGGCUCCCUGGAAACCAACACCUAAACCUAGGGAAAGGCCAAUUCCUAAACCAAGAACUAUACUUCCUAAGAAAAAACCCGUUCCUAAGCCAAGAACUGUACUUCCUAGGGAAAGACCUGUUCCCAAACCAAGAACCCUAAAACCAGUGCCUCCUCCAAAGUUACGAAAGCCCGUAAAAGUGUUUAAGGAAGUUAAAGAACAGCCUGCAGUGGUCACACCUAAGGAACACGAAAUAGAUCCAUUUGGAACAUAUCUCGAAAAGCCAUUCCACAGGAAAAUUGAAACAGCCGCAAACGGAGCAGCUGUGACCUAUUCAAUUACUCCCCAGUAUAUGGAUCCCCUGGACCAGAUGACCGCAAGUAGGCAGGUAGUAAGAGGAAUAUUAGUGAAUGAGCUGAAGAGAAUGGGAGGGUUGAAAUACACUGAGACAAUUAAGGUGAGAAUGUCAAAGGAUAUUGGUAAUGACAAGACAAAGAAAGAUUCAAUAUACUUUAAGUCUAAAACUGGAACCGCGACUAACUUUGAGGACAUCGAAAGCACAGCUGCUCAAAAUCAACUGACCAUCCUUGCUAGAAUAGAAACCUUUCAAAACUUAGGUUCAAAUUGGAUUAUUCUAAAUAUUGAAAGCCAUUAUGUAAACAUUGCGAUGUACAAACCUCUAAAGGGUAGUUCAUAUAUGAAAUUACCUGCAGACAUUAGUAAUCCAAAAUGUGGGCUAAUCAAUAUGAAAAACAACGACAACAAAUGUUUCAUGUGGAGUCAUGUGAGACACGUAAGACCGAAAGCCCGAAGAGCAACCACCAUUACACGACAGGAUAUGGAGUUCGCGGAAAACCUAGACUACAGCGGUAUAGACUUCCCUGUGAAGAUAAGCGACAUCGAAAAAAUUGAGAGGAAAAACAGUAUGAGCAUAUCAGUGUUUGGUUAUAGUGGUAAAAAGCAGUUCUAUCCUAUAAGAAACUCUAAGACCAAAUAUGACGAGCAUAUGGAGUUGCUGCUCUUAGGUGACGGUAAUGGUAAUAACCACUAUGUUCUCAUAAAGGAUAUAAACAGAAUGCUCUUCAGUGUAAACGGAAACUCUAACAAAAAACACUUUUGCUUACACUGUCUUCACAGCUGCUCAAGCAAAGAGUCACUUGAAAAACAUAAGGAGACAUGUCUAGAGGUAAAUGGAACUCAAGCCACAAAGCUUCCCAAGGAAGGUUCUAAAAUAAAGUUCAAAAACCAUAGGAACUCAAUGCCUGCUCCAUUUGUUAUAUAUGCUGACUUUGAGUCUAUACUUGUUCCUGAAGAGAGAAAAGUUGAUUCUGAGAACCCUGGGGAUAAAAGCAGCACGGACCUUUACCAGACACAUAAAGCCUGUAGUUUUGGGUUGAAGACAGUCUGCCAUUACGAUGAUAAGUACUCCGGUGAGUACAUCAGUUACGUUGGAGAGGAUGCCACACAGGUCUUCCUGAAGACUGUAUUGAAAGAGUCAUUCAAGUGUAGAGAUAUGGUUAACCAGAUAUUCAAGAAAAAGAUGGUAAUCACACUCGAACAGGAAACUGAGUUCUGGAUGACAAGAAACUGCUCAAUAUGUGGUAACGACCUUGGAGAUGACAGAGUGAGAGACCACGAUCACGUAACAGGAAUGUACCGUGGAGCUGCUCACAAUAUAUGCAACUUAAAAUACAGAAUUACAUGGAAAGUGCCUGUGUUCUUCCACAAUCUUAGAGGUUAUGAUAGUCAUCUAAUUAUGCAAGAGAUUGGUAAGUUUAAGAUGAACAUUAACGUGAUCCCAAAUAAUAUGGAAAAAUAUAUUUCCUUCUCUCUUGGUAAAAAUAUCGUGUUCAUUGACUCUAUACAGUUUAUGGCUUCUUCACUAGAAGCACUUGUGAGUAACCUUUCACCUGAGGACUUCAAGAUAGUAGGUAAGAGGUGGAAGGGUGAGGACUUCGACUUAGUGACACAGAAAGGAGUCUUUCCAUAUGAAUUCCUAGAUGACAUCAGUAAGCUAGACUCAGAGGGUCUUCCAAGCAGAGAUGAGUUUUACUCGUCACUGUACGAGUCAAAGGUGAAGGAAGAGGAUUACCAAAGAGCUCUAAAAGUAUGA